CCACUUAAGCUCAACAAUGUUAAUUAUUUACAGUUAUCUUUUUACACGUCACACAACGUGUCAAAAUUUAACCUUAAACGCAAUGUGAUUAUUCAAUUCAUUCCAUUGAUUUCAAUAAGAAAUAAAACAUUUGUAUUGCAUUUAUGUUAAUUUUAUUAUAUUAAAAGAAAAUUAUGGAUUUGAUAAAACAAGGGAUUCUUUUGGCGAUGACGCCGCAAUGUUUCGAUGAAUACUUCGUAAAAUUUAACUUCUUGGAUGUUGGUUGUUUUAAAUCAACACUAAGUAAGUGUUUAGGUAUCGGUAUAAUUCUAGGUUCUGUCCUGGUAAAGUUACCACAAAUAUUGAAAAUCAUUAAAAAUAAAAGUGGACAAGGAAUCAAUAUACUUAGUGUCACUUUAGAUUUAUGUGCUAUUACAAUUGCUUUAUCAUAUAAUUACGUAAAAAGAUUCCCAUUUACAUCAUGGGGUGAUGCAACCUUUUUAGCUUUACAAACAUCUCUAAUAGGAGCUUUAGCUUUAUUCUACGCAGGAAAACAAGUCCAAUCUAUUUUAUACCUGAUUUUAUAUGGAGUCCUUCUUUUUAUUUUGGCUGGGGGUCCCACUUCGAUAGAUAUAUUGUGGACACUUCAAGGAUUUAAUAUACCGAUACUAUUGGUUGGAAAAUUAGCUCAGGCUUAUACUAAUUGGAAAAAUGGAAGCACUGGCCAAUUAUCUGCAAUUACUUUAUUUUUACUUUUCUUUGGCUCCGUUGCAAGGAUAUUUACAUCCAUUCAAGAAACGGGAGAUUCUAUGGUUAUUAUUACCUAUUGUUUCUCCAGUUUUGCUAAUGGUGUUAUUUUAUUCCAAUUAUUGUAUUAUUGGAAUGUGGAUGAUCAAAAGAAAAAAAUUGAGAAGAAAAAGAAAAAAUAAGUUGUAACUA